GCCCGAGCGGACACGAGCCGGCCAGCAGCAGCCGCGGCGGCGCCGCAGGACGAGCGCCCAGGGUCGGUCUGGGGUUCUAGCAGCUGGCACAAGCCCUCCCGGCCCUGACCGCCCCCCACCGCGUGGAAGAUGCCUGAGCAGAGCAACGACUACCGAGUGGUGGUGUUCGGGGCGGGCGGCGUGGGCAAGAGCUCGCUGGUGCUGCGCUUCGUGAAGGGCACGUUCCGGGACACCUACAUCCCCACCAUCGAGGACACCUACCGGCAGGUGAUCAGCUGUGACAAGAGCGUGUGCACGCUGCAGAUCACCGACACCACGGGCAGCCACCAGUUCCCGGCCAUGCAGCGGCUGUCCAUCUCCAAGGGCCACGCCUUCAUCCUGGUCUACUCCAUCACCAGCAAGCAGUCGCUGGAGGAGCUCGGGCCCAUCUACAAGCUCAUCGUGCAGAUCAAGGGCAGCGUAGAGGACAUCCCCGUCAUGCUGGUGGGCAACAAGUGCGACGAGACGCAGCGGGAGGUGGACACCCGCGAGGCCCAGGCCGUGGCCCAGGAGUGGAAGUGCGCCUUCAUGGAGACGUCGGCCAAGAUGAACUACAAUGUCAAGGAGCUCUUCCAGGAGCUGCUCACGCUGGAGACACGCCGGAACAUGAGCCUCAACAUCGAUGGCAAGCGCACCAGCAAACAGAAGAGGACAGACCGCGUCAAGGGCAAAUGCGUCCUCAUGUGAGCCCGGAGCGCCUGCCACCAGCCGGCCCACGCCUCUCCCCACGCCCCUGCUCCUCCUCCCCCCCCAGUCCUCCGCUCCCAGCCAUGAGCCUCCCUGCCCUCCUCCCCACCUCCUUCUCUCUCCCUCUCAUCUCUUCCACUUCUCUUCCUUCACCCAACACCUCUGCGGGGGAGACCGAGGCCCUGGGGAGCCCGCGGCAGGUCUGGGGCUCCAGCCCGGCUCUGCUGAGCGGCUCUGCCUCCCGCCCCCACCCCCCAGGCCUGUCUGCACCCCCCAGAGCCACGUGCUGGAGGUGGCCCCCUGGAUCCGCACCUGAGAAACAGGUGAAGCUGCCUGUUCCCGCUGGGACCGAGGACACUGGGUCCUCCCUGAUCCUGCCCAUCUGUCUCUUUCCUUCGGGCGCCCCAGGCAGACCUGUGUCUCCCCCAUCGGAUCACUGUGACCGUGCUGGGGAGAGGGAAUUGAAAUGCACAUGGACCUCAGAGUUUGUUUUCCCCCCUUUGGUGUUUAACAGACGCUGCCCCUGCUCCAUCCUUCAUAACCUCCGGCCUGUGCUCCCCACUCCAGGUCCCAGAUCAGUCCUCACCUCUGUCCCCAAGCCUCAGUGAGGGGCGGGGGGGGGCCUUGCGGGAUGGGUCUCAGGCCACCAGGCAAUAACCACAGAGCCUGCAGCAGCGCCCCGCCAGCCUGGAAUCCCACUCCUCGCCCAGUGUAGGGUGAGGCCGGGUACAGGCAGGGGAGGCCUGGGACUGGCCCGUGGCCACAGCACAACUCAAGGGGACCGUCCAGCAUGAAUAUGGAGGGCCUUCCCAGACACGGCCUGCAGACACUGGCACAUCCUGCUACCACUGAGCCUCAGGCAGGGGCACGUGGGAUGCUGGGGGGAGCACCCGGGGCAGAAUCCAGGGGCAGGCGACUGGACCCAGCACCAGCAGGAUCUGAGGGGAAUCCACGCAGAGCUCUGCCCAGCCCACUGCCUCC